UAUAUAUAUAUAUAUCGAUAUAUGGCUGGAGGAGAUAUUGGAAGAUCUUUGGAGCAAACGCCAACAUGGGCGGUUGCAACUGUUUGUUUCGUGUUCAUUAUCAUUUCUAUAUUUAUCGAACAAAUCAUUCAUGUAAUCGGACAUUGGUUUAAGAAGAAGCGAAAGAAGGCUUUAUACGAAUCCUUAGAGAAGAUCAAAGCAGAGCUCAUGUUAUUGGGAUUCAUAUCAUUGUUAUUAACCGCGGGGACUUCACCAAUAACAAAGAUAUGUAUAUCCGAAAGCGCAGCCAACAGUUGGCAUCCGUGCAGUCGGGAUGCAGAGGAAGAAUCUGGCAUCAAUGACGGUGGAGAAAGCCGCCGGAGGCUCCUCACGUGGUCAAAGAUGGGCGACAGUGCACGGCGAAUAUUGGUAACUAGUAGUGGUGAGGAGAAGUGUGCAGCCAAGGGGGAAGUAUCGUUUAUGUCAUACGACGGUGUUCAUCAACUUCAUAUAUUUAUCUUCUCUCUUGCCCUAUUUCAUGUUAUCUAUUGUAUCCUUACCAUGGCUUUAGGACAUAUAAAGAUGAAGAAAUGGAAGCAUUGGGAGAAAGAGACAAGAACCGUAGAAUAUCAAUUCUCUCACGAUCCAGAGAGGUUUAGAUUCGCAAGGGAUACAUCAUUCGGGAGAAGGCACAUGAGUUUUUGGAGCAAAUCUCCCAUUCUACUAUGGAUUGUUUGUUUUUUCAGACAAUUUGUUCGAUCGGUCCCUAAAGUCGAUUAUCUCACAUUGCGGCAUGGUUUCAUCAUGGCACAUCUAGCUCCACACAGCCAGUCAAAUUUCGACUUUCAGAAGUACAUCAAUAGAUCUCUCGAAGAAGAUUUCAAGACCGUUGUUGGUAUAAGCCCACCUAUUUGGUUAUUCGCCAUCGCGUUCCUGCUCUUUAAUACCCACGGGUCGUAUUCGUAUCUGUGGCUACCAUUUAUACCAUUGGUUAUAGUGUUACUGAUCGGGACAAAACUACAAGUAAUAAUCACGAAAAUGGGAUUAAGUAUUCAAGAGAGAGGAGAGGUCGUACAAGGUGUACCUGUGGUUCAACCUGGUGACGACCUCUUCUGGUUUAACCGUCCUCGCCUCAUUCUCUAUCUCAUCAAUUUUGUCCUCUUUCAGAAUGCUUUUCAGAUUGCUUUCUUUGCAUGGACUUGGUAUGAAUUUGGAUUGAAAUCUUGUUUUCAUAAGCGUACAGAAGACAUUGCCAUCAGGAUCUCAAUGGGGGUUCUUGUUCAAAUUCUAUGCAGUUAUGUUACUCUUCCUCUAUAUGCCCUUGUCACACAGAUGGGAUCUACAAUGAAGCCAGCAAUAUUCAAUGACAGAGUUGCAACAGCAUUAAAAUCAUGGCACCAAACCGCAAAAAAACAAAUAAAACAAAACAGAAAGUCAGGCCAAGUGACCCCAGCGUCAAGCAGGCCCGGGACACCCACUCACGGCAUGUCACCAGUUCAUCUCUUACGUAACUACAGAAACGACAACGAUAGCUCGCAAACAUCUCCUAGAAUGUCAAACUUUGAUACGGAUAAUUGGGACACUGAUGGUUCACCCUCGCCUUCCUAUCACCAACGUGGUGAUACAGAGGCAUCCACGAGUCAUCAUCAGAUAGAAUUGAGGAAUAUAGAUGAUCAAGGUCGCGAGAUCAAUGAUCCUAGCUCGUUACAAGUGGCCGUAAUCCCUGAGCCCUUUGUUAACCAACAACAUGAAGUGACAAUAAGAAUUCCUAAAGAAUUUUCAUUUGAUAAAAGAUUAAGUAUAUAUGAUAGCAGAGCUGUGUAAGUAGUUGAGGAAAAUAUUUCACGUCUGUUAAUUUCUUUUGUUCUUUUUUUGCCAUAGCUAUUGAGAAAACCAUUGUAAAAAAAACAUAUACAGUAUUUCAUAUGUUUUCUCUAAUCGGCCACGUACAUUCUUGUAAAUUAUAUUUGCAACUUUUUUUAUUUAUUGCUAGGAACAUGGCCAACUUUUAUAU